CGCGCGUGCUGUGCUGCCGCGAUGGACGCGGACCUAGAAAUAGACGGGAAGCCACUAUCGGCACUGCGUGUGAUAGAUUUAAAGGAUGAGUUAGACAAAAGAAACUUGUCUAAGUCUGGCACAAAGAAAGAAUUGUUGGAGCGGCUUCGCGCGCAUGUCCAUUUGGAGAAAGAGCGAGAAAGAAGUGCUAGCAGUGAAGAAGACCAGGCACCCAACAUCAGUUUGAGGAAUGAGGGAGCCUUGGCUGGCAAUGACUUCAUCAAGCAAUACCUAGAGAAGCAGCAGGCGCAGCUCAUCCAACAGCGUGAGGCCCGCCGUAAGGUGGAAGGUGACGGACAGCGCGGGUCCCAGUCGGAGAGCGCCGACAGCCAGGAGGAAGAGGAGGUGGACACGGCCCGCGAGCGGCGCCCCACCAGAGGAGGAUCGUCGGAGCAACGCGACCAAACGUUUAAAAAGCCAGAACCCGAAGAAAAGACGUCGCCGCGCAAGGCCCGGCCUUCGGAGGCGGCCGAGCCGGACGGCGGCGCGUCGCCACCGGCGGCGCCGGCCGGCCGCCGCACGCGCCGCCACACCGCCUCCACAGACACGGACGGCGACGAGAAACCCGCUGCCGGCGAGACGGAGGAACGGGCGGAGAAGGGGAAGGUGGAGGAGGCUGAACGGAAAAGGCGGGAAAGCAAGGAACAGGCAGAACAGAUAGAGAGCAAGGAGAUGGAAAAGAAGCGGGAAGAACAGAGAAAGGAAGCGGAGCGAAAUGAGCGCAAGAGGAACGAGGAGAGGGAAGCAGAGAGAAGGGAGCGUAAAAAAGAUGAGGACAGAAAGGAGGCGGAGGAGGAAAAGGAACGGAAGAGAGAGGAGGAAAAGAAAGAGAUGGAAAGACGAGAAAAGAAAGAGGCCGGGCGGAGGGAGGAUGAAGAGAGGAAAGAGGUGGAAAGGCGUGAACGGAAGGAAGCCGAACGGAAAAGGGAACAGGAAAAAGAAGCGCGAAAAAAGGAAAAGGAAGAGGCUGAGCACAGGCGAGAGGCGGAAAAGAAAGAGGCUGAAAGACGUGAAAGGAAGGAGGCGGAACGAAAGAAAGAGUUAUUGAAAGAGGCUGAAAGGAAAGAAAGAAGAGAAUAUGAGCGGAAAAGAGAAGAAGAAAAGGAUGCCGAGAGGAAAUCGCGAAAGGAGGCCGAGCGGAAGAAGGAGGAGGAGCGAAAGGAAAGGAAAGAGGAACGUAGGAGAGAGGAAAAGGAGAAAACAGAAGAAAGAAAGGAGUCCGAUCGCACUAAAGUGGAUGAAAAGGACGUGAGAAGGACUGAGAGGAGGGAAAGGAAACACUCAGGAAAGCGAGAUGCAGAGAAGAAUGAUGAGGCUAAAGAAUCAGCUGAUGAUGGGGGAAAAGCUCGCUCCGGAGAGACGGGAAAAGUCUCCGAAAGCGAGGCAAAAAAGGAGGGGCCCUCCAAGAAAGACGAGGUACCGCAGAAAAUUUCGCCCACUACGGUUGGAGGAGAUGUGCAACAAGUUAAGGAAAAGAAGUCGAUAAACAAGGAUGAGUCUGGCGUUACAGAGCCAGAAGUGACGGGAACAGACAGUACAUCUGUCACGUCGGACCAUGACCAGCCGCCGGAGAAAAGCCUGGGGAGGCGUCGGUCUGACCCCACAGCAGAAGGCUCAGGCCCAGCGAAGCCCCCCGGCAAGGGAGACGAGGAGUCGCAGAAGAACAAGGAGUCUCAGAGGGACAAGGAGUCCCAGAAGGAUAAGAAGUCUCUGAGCGAUAAGGCUGAGGAUGAACCCACAAAGGACAAGGAGUCCCAGAAGGACGAGGAGUCCCAGAAGGACGAGGAGUCCCAGAAGGACGAGGAGUCCCAGAAGGACGAGGAGUCCCAGAAGAGCAAGGCCGCUCACAAAGAUCCCGAGAAGGAGAAGGAGUCUCAGAGGGAGCCACAGAAGGCGGCCGACCGCUCCGAGCCCCAGCGGCCGCGCGCGGGCCGUGACGAGCCCCGCGACGAUGAGUGGCGCGAGAACGCCGACUUCUGGCGCGUCAAGCCGGCCGAGGGCGAACGAGACCCCACCUCCAAGAAAUCGGCGGACAAGCGUGACGCCAAAGACGAGGAAGAUACUAAGUCCGACACCAAACGCACGAAAGAUUCCGACGAGGGGCCAGUCAAAACAAGCCGGACAGAGCUUGACGAAGUACAACCUUUGAAGAAAGAGGAACGGCGCAAGAUAAAACUGAAACGCAACACAAGUGCCGGAGAAAAACGGCCGGAGCCCACCGAGGCGGCGCCGGAGCCGGCUGGGGACGCUGCGACGGAGCGGCGCUCACCCAAGAAGGCCGGCCGCGCCAGACGGCUCGUGUCGCUGAGGCGGGACCGCAAGCGGCGCGAGGACAAGGAGAAUGACGCCGGCCCCGGCGAGAAGCGGCGCCGUCGCUGGGGCACGCAGCUCUCCGACGAGAAGAAGGUGGUCAGCAUCUCGACCGACUCGCUCAAGGACCUGGUGCCGGACGUGAAGCCGCUGCCUGCGGACGACGUACGGCUGGAGCCGGACUCGUCGGAGGGCGAGAGCCGGCGCGGCGGGCCGCGCAUGGAGCGCCAGCCGUCGCCGGCCCGGCACAAGGCCUCCAGCGUCGUCCUCAUCCGAAACCUGGUGCGGCCCUUCACCGUCAAUCAGCUCAAGGAGCUGCUGGCCAGGACAGGCAAGAUCACAGACUUCUGGAUCGACAACAUCAAGUCCAAGUGCUAUUGCCAGUACGAGACGGAGGCACAGUCGGUGGAGACCCGGACGGCGCUGCACGGCGUGCGCUGGCCGCCGUCCAACCCCAAGAAGCUGCUCGUCGACUACUCUACCGCCGACGAGUUGGACUUCCACAAGCCGCUCAAGGUCUACCCGUACUUCGCCACGCGCCAGCAGGAGGAGCAGCGCGCUGAGACGGCGCGCGAGAAGCGGAGAAGCGGCAAGAAGGAGGAGGCGCCGGCCAAGCUGCUGGACGACCUGUUCCGCAAGACCAAGGCGACGCCGUGCAUCUACUGGCUGCCGCUGACGGCCGAGCAGAUUGCCGACAAGGAGCGCCAGCGCCGGCUGCGCAUGGCCGAACGCCAGAAGCGGCUGGACGCCAUCCAGGCGGCGUCGGCGGCGUCGGCUCCGCGCCGCAGCCGCAGCCGCAGCCGGUCCGGCUCGCGCGAGCGGCGCCGCCGCUAGCCGCAGGCCGGGCGGGUCUGCCGUGGACCGUCUGAGCACGCGGCCCAGGAUCGACCGGCGCGACGCCCGAUAGGAGGCCCCAGCACACCAGUCGCCGCCCACCGCACUGUAAUUCCUGGUUCAUUUUAUUAGUCUAGCCUCCGCGCCUGAGCACGUGCGCGCGUGAGUGUGUGCGUGUGUGUGUUCAGACGAUCGUUCCCGAGCAGGUGAGUACGUCUUAGUUUGACGCCGUUCGCCCGCCGGCCGCCGGGCGGCCGGCUCGGCGGGCGCCUGACCGUGAACCAUUUUCAGGGCCGGACGGCGGCGCGAUGCAGGUGAGUCUCCGCUGAAUGACCGCUGAUGUCCCGUUCUCCGCCAGUAGGUGGCGGCCUAGCGGGGUGAGAGCGGCCCGGGCGAGAGCGGCCAGUGCGCGCGCGUGACAUGUUGUGGCCGGCGGGCGGUUGUGGCGAC